UCAAUCCUACAAAUUUGCAAAGAAUGGAGUAAUGUUGUAGCCUAAUGUGCUUGCUACGACUGAACGAUUCACGAGAGAUAUCUAUUUCUAUGUGGAAAAUAUCUGGGGAAGGACAGUGCCUAUUGAGUUGAAUUUUUUUGAGAUAUAACAUACGAAGUUAACUUGUGAGUUGGAGAAAGAUGUUGCUGUUUUGUCCUACUUGUUCAAAUGUACUGUCUGUUGAGGAAGCAACUGGUGUAACGUUGUAUAGAUUUUCCUGCCCCACGUGUCCAUAUGUUUAUAAUAUCAAGAAAAAGGUUGGCAGUAAAAUGUAUCCUAAAUUAAAAGAAGUAGAUGAUGUUCUUGGUGGAAAGGCAGCAUGGGAAAAUGUUGAUUCUACACAAGAGCGUUGUCCAAAAUGUGAACAUGAUCGAGCUUACUUCAUGCAGAUGCAAACACGAUCUGCAGAUGAACCCAUGACAACAUUUUAUAAAUGCUGUGAAUGUGGCCAUCGAUGGAAGGAAUAAAACUCCUUAUGAGGUUUGAGAUAACAGUUUUGGUGAACAUUUACCAAUAAAGAAAUAAGCAUGGACUUUUAUAUCAAUGGUUUCUUCCAAAAUCAAGGAUAUUGAUGUUAAAAGUUGGAGAGAUGGAUCUGAAGGGCAAAUUUUAUGUCUAAACUUCACAAUCUAUUUUUGUAAAGAGAACUUCCAUCAUAUGUGAAUGUCAUAGAUUUCCGCACAAAAUAAAUACUUAUGUCUGUAACUAGUCUUUCACAUGUAAUUUGAUACCAAAUGAUAAUUCUGUCAACAAGAUUGUUUCUUUUAAUUGGCA